UCAUGUUGUGGUAAAAACUGCUGGGGUGGAGAAGCAACUGGCUCACAAUAAGCAACUCCGUGAUGAAAGUUCCGAAUGGGUUUUGUUGUACCCAGAUAUGGAGUUAGUUUUAUUUUUACCAGGCACAACAGAAACAUUUUCUGUAGAAAAGUACAAGGAGUCCCUUGGCAGGCCAUACAGUCGUGUCAAUUUGUAUGUUUGCAAGACUUUGGAUUAUGAAAUUGCUAAUGAAUUAGUUGAUGAUGUUGUGGAAGAGCAAUUAGAUUUGGAAGAAAUCAGCCUAACAAAGACUCAAAAUGAAUCAUUGUGCACAGAACCACAGCUUGGAGAAGAAUCACAUUCCACAACUUUGGUUGGACUGUCAUCUAUUGAUGAUGCAACUUUAACACAACAUGCACUAGAGAACUUCCAAAAUUGUGAUGCUUUUGAGAUGAAUACUUUCCAAGGUGAAAGUUCUGAAGGGGCUACUUUUGUCCCAGAAAGUAUGGAAAAUGAAGUUAUGGAGCGAGAAGUGUUGCUUAUUCAUCGUUGUAAUGUGAAAGCUGACUUGCUGCACUAUUUUGAAAAAGAUGAUAUUUUAAAGAAGUGUGUGGAUGUCAAGAUGAUAGAUUCCAGAAAGAAUUGGUUGUUGAAAUUGCUCACAAGGAACUUGUGCAAAAACCGCGAUACGUGGCGGAUUGCUGGUUGGACGUCUUGCAUUUGCUAAAACCACACAUUAUGUCGACAGACGGCCUGUUUCAGAUGUACGAGUCGCUCCAUCCUAGUACACAGAAAGUCUGCAAACUUAUUAAGGCAGAUCCAAAAACUCCUGUGGAAAAUGAGUCUGUUGGUUAUCUUAAAAGGUGGAUCAAAGGUUUGGAUGCAAACGGACUGGCUAAAUUCUUAAGAAUCUCAACUGGAUCUGAUGUUAUUUUAUGUGAAGCAAUUGAAAUCGCAUUCUCUUCCCUUACUGGUACCUCUCGGAGACCUAUAUUUCAUACUUGUGGUGCUGUUAUAGAGUUGCCAAUCACUUACGAUAAUUUCUGCGAUUUUCGAGAAGAAUGGUGCAGUAUUAUGUCUCAACCAGACAUUGAAAUGGGCUUGGUAUAACUGCUAUUGUGGCUUACUUUUUAGUCGUAUGACAGUUGUCGUUUACUUGUAAAAUUCGUUAACAUGCACGUUUUCAAACUUUUGGCUAAGAUAAUCUACGUUAUGUUUAUGUUAUGUUCGGGAAAGAUAAACAUUAUCUCUGCUGUAAUUGUCGUUCACUGGUUCGAACUUCCCUCGCUUGGGACCGUUGAGACCCCUCGUUUAUUUCAUCGUUGCAUCUUAAUAUUAGGGAGAUCUCAAUACUGCUUGACCUCAACAAUAUCUAUUAACAAUAAGCAAUAUAAAAUUCCAUCAUUGAUAGUUCUCAACAAAUCGUAGCACUUGUUUGUGACUCAAAUAAUUUUUCCAAAGCCUAGCCUUAAUUGUGGGAGUUCCAAUCCGCUGCGACAUUCGCAUACAAAA